UAAAGAGUUUUUAAUCGUACGGAAAUCCUAUUUUUAUAGAAAACCAAAUCCCCAAUACGAGAUGAUUUUCCUCCAAUUCUGGUGGGCGCUGAUGGUGUUCAGUGGGCAUGGUUCCUCCCAGCAGGUGUCCGGCGGAGACGGAAGGCGGGAGCAGGGGAACCCUUCGGUGGGCAGCGACAAGUUGCUCAGCUUCAGCCGGGCGGUGGAGCUGGCUCGUCCCGAGUUGCAGGAGCUCAAAUCCUCCUAUGGCGGACUGCAGGAGCAGGCCAAUCCGCAGCAGCAGCAGCAGCAGUGUCGGGAUCGACGCGACUCCAUCGACGACAUGCUGGCCAACUUUGCCCAGGACGCGGUCGGUGACGCCAAAGCAAAGGCCGAGGAGAAGGAGGAGGAGGAGGAGCAUGUGCUGCAGGAGGCGGCGGACGCCUGGUUCCGCAACAUCCAGGCGGACAUGGCCAAGAGCCAAGAGAGUGCCAACCAGAAGCGUAGGGGCGGCAAGCAGCAGCGAUCGCUGGCCAAGAAGAUCAUCGACCAGCAUGCCCAGGCCAUGGAGCGCACCGAGAUGGGCAAGGUAAAGCUCAAGUACAAGGAAGUGGGCGACGAUACCAUAGUUCGCAAGUACCAGGUUUCUAAGAGCCCUUUGAAUCCGCAGGACAGUGGUCUCACCCAUCUGGACGUAAGAUUGAAGCAGGUGCAGCAGAUGCUAAGUGACCAGGAGAGUCUGGAGGCCAUGAAGGCGGAGAAGUCCAAGGAGGUUCGCCAGAAUGAGGCGGAAAGUAGUUGGGCUGAGAAGUUGCCAGAGUUUGGCGAUGCCCCCAUUCCGGAUGGCGUCUACGAAAGUACCCUCAACCGCCUGGCCUUUCCCCAUGCCACCUCCAAUAAGCUGGCCCACGAGGCCAACUACAAGCUCUCCAAGAUCGAACAGGAGGCCUCGGAGAAGGCCUCGAAGAUCUCCAGACCUGGCCUCAUUGCUGUAACUCCACUCAAGCAGCAGAAGCGCAGCUCUUGCACUGGCUUCAAUCCCAUGAACGAGAUCAAGCUCAAGACCAGCAGUCGUUUGAUGCUCAAGGGACUCGGACCCUCACUGCCCAGUAACGCCCUGUUGGACAUCCAUCGCCACCAACUGGUGGACAACAUGAUGCGGAGAAGGGAGCUGGAGGAGCAACAGCAACAGCAGCAGAUGCAGCAACAGCAGCAGCAGCAGCAGCAGGAACAGUUUGAGACCAGUCAGGAUAGCGAAGUUGAAGAUCAGCGAAUGGGCGGCAAUAGCUUGAUGACGCCGAACGAAAACUUGGAUUACCUGCAGCCCGUCAAUACUGGCAUGGAUAUGAAUCAAAAUCAAAUGAUGGAGUUGCCCCAAAGUUACGACUAUCGAGUGCCCCAGUACGAUCGCUUUCACCCCCUCAAUCAGCGACAAAUGACUAAUGUGCGGGAUUACGAGAGGAGUAAUCGCAUGCCCAUCGACUUGGAGCGGUUCAAAAGAGAACCACACUUGGAUCCAUCUCGUAUGAAAACCAACGAUUUAUCGGACUUAGGAGCUGCAUUACCUCUAGAAGAUGAAUCGUUACCCUCAUCCAAUGAAAUUGAACAGGAGCCAAGCAUUUCCGAUCGUGAAAUGGCUCUCAAAACUGGCUUGUUGGACAUUAAGGAAGGAAAGGGGCAUUCAAGCAAAGACAUCAAGUUGGGGGACUUGACUGACGAAGUCAAGUUAGAUGAGAAAUCUUUGGCUAAGCCAGAAAUUAAAAUUGAAGCUGAUACAUCAAUCGUUGAAGGCAAUUUAGAGGAUAAGUCAGAGACUAAAACAAAACGUGAAGCGAAGGAGGCUAUAGGUGCUAUGCAGCCCAUUAAAGUGGAGGCUACUGCUAAAGCUGACACUUUAACUGCAGCAGAGGUCAAAUCAGAGUUGCCUUUAAAAGGUGAAGCGAAUGGCGAAGCUGAACUGGCCAUAAGUACCGAAAGCAAAGACAAUCUGGAGAGACGUGAAAGUCCUGAAGCCAACGAAGGCGCCGACAACCAUGACGGCAACUCCGACGGCGAUAAGGAGUGCAAAUCCGAGGAGGGGGCCAAGCCGGAAACGGAUGACAGCAUUGUCAAAGUCAACAUCAAGCUCAAGCUUCAGGAGCCAGCAGAGGAAAAAUCAGAGUGCGAGGCAGCCAAUAAAGUUGAGUCCAAGGAGGCGGCGGCAUCAGCUCCGAAGGUAAAUCCCGAUGCGGUGGUCAAGCUAUUGGCCAAUGAGUUGUCGCUGGACAAGGAUCGUGGCAAGCGGCAAACGAGGCUUCGUCGACUCCGCAGACAGAACAGAAGAUCCAAGCGAUCGUUGGAGGACAAAGAGCAGCAGCAGCAACCAGAACUCCGGCAACAAUCAGAACAACAUGUGGUUGCCAAGCGUUUCGUUCAUCUACUGGAUGAUUUUGAAGACCACAAUGGGAAUCGUGUUCACUUUGGCACCUUGGGCAAUGGCUUGCUCACACCAGAUGCCGAGGAUGCGGAAGGAAAGUCCUAUCCAAGUCACCACGUGCUGGCACAUUGUGAUGACGAUUCCCUGACGAAUAUCUACGAUCCCACUAGGGAUAUGGUGCCCAUGAUGAAUCAGCGACCCAAUGCGCUAUAUCAAAUGCAGCAACAGCAACCUCAGCAAGUGCAAUUGCAACAGCAGCAACAACAGCAACUGCAGCAACUGCAGCAACCGCUGCAACAACAGCAGCAGCAGCCGCAGCAACAACAGAACCCAGUUCAGCAGCAACAGCCAGAUCUAAACCGACAACGUCAUCAUUCCUCUAAUUUUCAAGCCAGUUUUAAUUUAACCCACUUUUUCAAUGAGUUGCAAAAAAUGCAGAAUAUGAAGACACCACAGCAGCAGGAGCCUGUGCCACAAACUCCAGUAGUUCAGCAACCAUCGCCCGUACAGCAGCAAUAUCGACCGCAACAGCAGCAAUAUCCGCUGCAACAGCAACCAUUGCAACAGCAACAACUGCCCGUACAACGAAAUAACCAGCAAUUGCCCAUCAAGCCAGUGUCGCCACCAAUAAAAUCCUUUGGAGUUCAUCGAUAUUUUGGACCCUUUUUCAACAAGCAAGUGAAAAGCGAUCCCUAUUUGGCGGCGAUGGCAACCGCCACCACCAUAGAUCCCAGAUGUGUGCCCAUCACCACUACUUCACCUCUUCCUGCUGGGAAUGUAUCUACGGAUUCGACUUUGCUUUUAAAUUGCACAACUUCAGCGGCAACCACUUCCACUGGCACAGGCAUCACCACUGCAGCCCCCAGCUCCACUUCAUCGGAAGGUGUUUGCAAUCAGCCGGGUGCCAUGAAGCUCAACGUCUCCAUCAAUGCCAAUGUAUGCGGUGAUCCGAAAACAAAACAGUUUUACGGCAAUGGAUCCAUUAGCUUGCUACCAGCUUAUAAGAGGCUGCAUUCUGGAUCAACUCACGAUAUCGAUGAUGGUCAACUUCAUGGGAAUGCUGCGCAAUUGUAUGAUAACCUAGAUGAUUUGGGAGCCACGGAGGAAAGACAUAUUCGCGAGGUGGUUGAGGAGUCCACAGAUAACAAAGGCGGGGAGUGGCAACCAAAAAAAGAAAAGGAAAAGUUGAGGAAGCAAGAAGGUCAUCUGAAAAGGCCUUCCAUGAAAUGGAGCGGAAAGAGCCAGUCCAAAGAUACUCCUCCAGAAUCGCCCAAAGGGACUGCGAAAGUAGAUCCAAAAGAAACACCUAGAGUGGCGUCUAAGGAACGAUUUGAAGCAACAGGCCAGUGCAAUCGACCCCGAACAGAAAACGUUGAGAACCUGUCGAAUAGCUACGAGAAGCUGAUCACGGGCAAGAUUUCCGGUGACAUUGUGUCGGCCGUCUUCGAGGCGGUUGGUAAUGAUCCGGGCAUGGAUCGGCUGUUGGCCGUUCUGGAGCGGAAUCGCAAGUGCUCGCAGAAGCAGCCCAAGAACUUCUACCAGAUCCGGAACGACAAGAGCGAGAACUAUCUCCGCCAGACGGAGGAAAUGGUGCGGGACACGAUGCAGGCCAUCAAUAUUAUUGACCAGCAGGUGCGCCGACGUGCCUACAUUCCCCUGCGCCCGGAUCUCCAGGAGUUCUACGACCUGAUUCUCAAGACGUCGACUGAGGAGCAGAAGAUUCGCGAGAAGAGGCAGAGCGCACUUCGUGUCCUGGCCGAGGACUUUAGCCAGGAUGUGCGUCUGCUCGACUCCAGUAAAAUCAACCAAAAGUCGCGGAUCGUCAAGAAGCUGCUGCGCCAGUACGAGGAUAUGCCGAUGGAGGAUCAGCAGUCUGCAGCCGGAGUGCGCGACGAGCUGCUCCUGGAUCUCGUGUACCUCAGGAAGUUGUCCGAUUCCGCGGAGCGCCAUCAACGGAAUGCUCGCCUGCAGGAGGUCCUGAAGCAGGCCAGUCUGGAUGAGGUCCUGGAGAAGCGCAUGUCCGCCGAGUACUCGCCGCGCUUCAUCAAACUCCUGAAGACAGCGGAACUCUUGAAGGAGGCUGGCGAACAGCAGGCCAAGGCCUUUGUGGGUCUUUAAUUUGCAGAUUUCUUUUGAUUUUCUUUCCUUUGAUUAUUGUUUAGUUAGCUUUCUUCUGUAUUUAUGUUUAUUUUAAA